AUGCCGAAACCCAAACGCACCUCAAAAAAUUUUGAUACAAUUGAAUCACCAUCAAAAAAAAGGUUUAUCCAUAAGGAAAGUGCGUCAGAUACGAAUCAUAAUCUUACUUCUCAAACGUACGAAAUGAAAGAGCCUGUUGAAGAUUUUCUUAUCGUCGUGGGUAGUUAUGAGAGAAUAUUGUAUGGUAUUAAUGGACGGUGGGUCAAAUCGGAUCAAAGUAAUUUUGAUAAAUGUAAACCUUCACUACAUUUUGAUCCAACCUUUAUAUUUCCUGCCCAUAUUGGUUGCAUUAAAGCUGUAGCCGUGGGUUCCAGGUACUUAGCUUCGGGUAGCACUGAUGAGGUGAUCAAGCUGUAUGACAUCAAGAAGCGUAAAGAACUUGGUUCUUUAUUACAGCAUGAAGGUUCUAUAACCACUAUUCAAUUUUACAAUAAAACCCAUAUGAUUAGUGGAAGUGAAGAUGGCACAGUGUGUAUCUGGAGAACGAAAGACUGGGAAUGUUUAAAAGUCUUAAAAGGUCAUAAGGGGCGUGUUAACUCUGUAGACAUUCAUCCAUCGGGUAAAAUAGCAUUAUCUGUGUCAAGUGACAAAACUGUGCGAUUAUGGAACUUUUUAACCGGUAGAAAAGCGAGUGUUAAUAAAUUAGGAAGAGAAGGGGAAAUGGUAUUAUGGAAUCCAGCAGGCGAUCAUUAUGCUAUUUUAAUGGGACAAGAAAUAAAAAUAUAUAAUAUCACAGAUGGUCAGGUUACGCAAAAUUUCCAACUUAACUCUCGCUAUCUUUGCAUGCGAUACUUUGCUCAUGAGGCAUUGGGUGAUUUGUUAAUUACUGGUAGUGAAGAUAAAACUGUGAGAGUAUAUAACGUUAAAAAUGGUGAUUGUAUUGCAACAUAUAUAGGACACAAAAGCCGUAUUAAAGAUAUCUCCAUAAUUUAUUCAAUGCCACCUAUGUAUUCUACUCCUCUUUCACUUUUAACAUCUAUUUCAUCUGAUGGUGUCAUUAAUGUAUGGAUCUUGGAUGAGAUAUGGUCAAACAAAGAACGGGAGGAUGUUACAAUUACUACACCCUUAGCAUCAUACAAUACUAAAAGCAGGCUAACUUGUGUUGCAUUAUCACAAACAUUUAAUGACUAA